UGUGUUGUCACCCCGAUCCCAACAUGGGCUACAGAUCAGACCAGCUGCUCAUCGUCGUCUCCAUAUUGGAAGGGAGGCAUUUCCCAAAGCGCUCUAGGCAUAUGCUUGUGGUUGAAGCCAAGUUUGAUGGUGAACAGUUGUCUACAGAUCCGGUACCUCAUUUAGAGCAGCCACAAUUUGCAACUGAAUUAGCAUGGGAACUUGACAAGAAAGCUCUUCACCAACACAGGCUGCAACGAACACCAAUCAAGCUGCAGUGCUUUGCCUUGGAUACUUUAACGUCUGCAAAAGAACCAGUUGGAUAUGUAGUUUUAGACUUGAGAGCUGCUCAGGAAAUCAAACAAGCUCCAAAAUGGUAUUCUUUGUUAAGUAGCAAGUACACAAAAUUCAAGCCAGAAGUACAGCUCAAUAUUGGAUUGGAAGCAGAUACCAAGCCUACAGCGGAGACCUUUAAGGCCAAAGAGGCUCCUCCUCGAAGCAGUAAAGUGUCACACGGUGGGCUUGACCCUAAGAGUCUAGUACCUAUUCUGAAUGAAGCAGAGGGCUACCAUCAGAUCGGGCCUGUGGACUAUUGCAAGGACUAUUUUGUUUUGUCUGUAACCAUUGCCUUUGCCACACAACUAGAGCAGCUAAUCCCCAGCACAUUGAGACUUCCUGAACCACAACCAGAAUUUUUCUUCUACUAUUCCUUGUUGGGAAAUGAUGUUACCAAUGAACCAUUUACAGAUCUGAUCAAUCCUGAUUUUGAGCCGGAGAGAUCCUCUGUCAGAAUUCAUAGUACCACUGAGGUGCUCUGCAUGUAUCUUUCUGUUCAGCCUAAACUUCAGAUUCAUCUAUGUUGUGGUGACCAGUCUCUUGGCAGUACAGACAUUCCUUUGACAGGACUGCUAAAGAAGGCCAGCACAGAAAUAGAGCAUCACCCAGUGGUUGUUGAAGGCGCUUUCAUCCUCACCCCACCUAACAGGUCCAAGCAGAAUAUCUUAGCUGUGCCAGUGGAAAGCUCGCCAACAAUUGGGGUAUCCAUAGCUCUCCAUAAGGAGGCCAGCCUACAGUCUUCACACCGUUCUAAAGAAAUGAGUGAGAGUGUGGUGUCAAGGAAAGAUCCAUCUUCUCCACAGAGGAAUGUGAAAGAAAUGGUAUCUCAGCCUCCAAUAGUUAGUGAUUCCCCUCCAACCAAGGAUGAAGACACAGACAGUGAUGUGGAAAGCUUAAAGUCUGUGCAAGCAGAAUACGCUUCUUCUCGGCCGCACACCAGGCCAGACUCUGCAGGACCAAAUGAAAUCCCUCUUCCAGGUGUUCAGCCCCCACCAUCUCUACCACUGAGCGCUCCAGAGGCUGUGCGGAGUCUAUCGGAGUCUACUUCUCAACAGAAAAUAGCAGUGCCACCUGCGGCACACCAUUUCCACUUCUCCGUUGACCUCAGAAGUAUCCAUAAUGUUGAUGUUGGGUUCCCUAUAAACUGCAUACUAAGGUAUUCGUAUCCAUUUUUUGGGGGUGCAGCCCCUAUUAUGACUAAUCCUCCAGUGGAAGUGCAUAGGAAUAUGGAAGUUUUUCUUCCUCAGUCUUACUGUGCUUUCGAUUUAGCAACCAUGCCACAUCAACUUCAGGAGACAUUUUUAAGGUUGCCUCUUCUGGUUGAAGUUUGGCACAAAGAUAGACUUGCCAAGGACCUUCUACUUGGAGUGGCAAGACUUCAGCUGUCAAAUGUUUUGACCUCGGAGAAGACAUGUUUUUUAGGACCCCAUGGGGACCAGUGUUGGAGACAGACAUUUAGUGAAAUGGUUCCUGUUAUGGCUGUAGAAGGAUCCAAAGGUAAAGUAGCUGAUCUUUCAUAUGCAUUAACCUUAGAGGAUUAUGGGCUUGUGAGGGUACGAGAGGUGGUCGUCUCAGAGUCAUCACAGAGCUCAGCCGUUCAGAAUCCUCCUCCAGUACAGCCUCCACCAGAACCUUCAGCAGAACCCCAUGAGACUCUUGCGUACAAUGCUGCUCUGGAACUGGAAAUGUGGAAAGAAACCCAAGAAGAAAUAUUUGCUAGCCAGUUUAAGAAGAAAGAGUUGGCCCACAUGCAAGCUCUAUCAGAAGAGUGGAAGAGGAGAGACAGAGAAAGGGAAGCAAUCGUAAAGAAAAAGGUUGCUGAAUACACAGUUCUGAAAGAACAAUGCCAAAAAGCUCUGGCAGAUUUAGAAAAGAGAGAGCGUCAGCUUGCCAGUGAUGAAAUUGAGUUGAAGAAAGCAAGAGCAGAAUUGCAGUUAGAGUGUGAUCGGAGCAUUCAGGAGAGACAAGACUCCAUCAGGCGAGUCCGAGAAGAUUGUCUUCAUCAAAUCGAGAUGGAGAGGUUAAAGGCUAAACAGCUGGAAGAGGACAAGCUCCGAUUGCAACAGCAGGUUGAAUUUGAAAGAAAGUUAGAAUCUGCAACAAAGUCUAAACUGCACUAUAAGCAGCAAUGGGGAAGAGCCUUGAAGGAACUAGCAAGGAUCAAACAGCGGGAGCAAGAGAAUGCUAUGGCACGUCUAAAGAAACAGCAGGAAGAACUGGAGCAAAUGAGACUGCGUUAUCUGGCAGCAGAAGAGAAGGACAUAGUGAAGAAUGAACGCCUGGAGCUAGAGGAGAUCAAGAAUGAACUAAAUAGGUUAAGACUACAUGAUGACAGAAAGCAUGCCCCUGAUGCUGGAAAUACUGCUGAUGGAAGAAUGGCUAGUUCAGGGUCCCAACAGCAGGAUGAAGGUUUGGAUGACUUCCUAUCUCGGCUAAUUGAAGAGAGGGACACCUUGUUAAGGACUGGAGUGUAUACUCAUGAAGACAGAAUCAUUAGUGAACUGGAUCGUCAGAUCAGAGAAACAAUGGCAAAAAGGAAAAUUAGAUAGUGCUUGUUUCUUCACUUGACCGUGUGAUAUUAUGUAUGAUAUUGGUCACUAAUAAUACUGUACAUAGACUCUGCAGUGG